UGUUAUGUUCCUGCGGAAUUACUGAUUUCUACACGCAGUAUUGUAUUUCAGUAUUGAACUUUUUCACCGGUACCUGCUUUAUUGCAGAGAACUAACGUCAGUCAUGGUUGUGAAGAAAAAAACACCUAAAGUGGAGGCUGUAGUUUUGGAUGAUGUCAAGCUGAAGAGCCUGACAGAUUCCUUAUCUGUGGAGGGGGACAGUAGAUUAAUAGAGCUUGCUCAAGUUCUGAAGGACAGUUUAUCUUCACCAGACCCAGUUGAGCAGAUCCAGCUCAUCUCUAAGGCAGGCGUCAUGUUGGAGCAGUUGAGAGAGGAUGAAUCCUCUACAGGUCCUUUACUGCAUUCCUGCCUGGGCACACUAGCGUUCCUGUAUACCACACUGCCAGCUAAGAACCCGCUUAAGAGAGCUGUAGCAAGUGCACUACGUAGUGGCCCAGAUUGGCUGGAGGAGAAAACGGUUGGAUGUCUGUCUGAGUGCCUGUCUUCCUCUCUCUCCUUUACGAAUACAGAUCACUUCUCACACCUAACAGAUAGCAUCACUUCCUGUCUGGAUGGCUUUAAAAUUGGUGAGAAAUGUGUUCAUCGCUUGCUAACAGAAGUCCUCCACUUCUUCCAAAGGACUUUAAAUUAUUAUGUGGAGCAGAACAGGGGUCUGGCGGGUCGUCAUGUAGCCCAGGCUCAGCUGAUGCAGUCCUGUCUGGCAGUGGUGAAGGCCUCAAUGCUGGUGGUUCAGAGAUCUCAGGAACCCAUUAGUUCUGCAAUGCUUUCAGCUUCAAGUGACCAAUCUGAUCUGCAUCAAGUUCUCUGUGGACUACUGAACUGCUAUACAUGGAUCUUGACUGAUGAGGAGUUUCUUCAGACGGUCCAGAGCACUGCUGGGAUGGCUGUUGUUUUGCUUAUUAGAUCUAUUAUGGUGAAUGGAGAUGAUGUACCAGUUAUAGUUGCCGGUCUCCUGCAGUGUUCAGUGGAUGCAGGCGACACUGUCCCCCAGUGGUUGAGGCUGAGCUGUGCAGGUCUGUAUGACAGCAGCAGGCCUGCAGCUGUGGCUCUGUAUCUAAGUCAUGGAGCUCUGGCUAUGCUCAGCUGGAGAGGAAAGACUCAUAGUCCACAGAUAGAGAAACUGCUGCUGCUCAUACCUGAAGUGCUCCUGUCUCUAGAUACAAGAGUUAAGGAGUCCAGUACAGUGAUGGUAGUGGCUCGGGUUUUGACGCUCUGGAGCGGACUAGUGGUUGAAUGCGUCCAGGUCGACACGUGUCCCCCUCUCCUUCGCUCGUCUCUGGUCGGAGGCUCUCCUCUAAUUUCACGCCUUCACCACCACAUCUAUGCCCACUGGGAACACCCGCUGGAUGGUGUCCGCCACCAGAUGCGUACCCUGUUCCAAAACCUUCUCAAGAUCCACCAGCAUUGCAGUGAUCACAAGUCCGAUCCCACCACCGACCCUUAUAUCAGCCAGCUCACCCGGGACCUUCUAGCACUGGAGUGGCAUAUGAAAGGGAAGUAUGGCACACUGGCCUGCCUGGUGGAGCACUUGGGUGCAGAGUAUCUACUCAAGCUUGAUGGAGGACUUCCAUCCAGACUGCUGGGUCUGAUGGGGGAUCAGACACUGGCACCGUACGCCAGCGACCUUCUGGAGAAGUUGUUUGUCAGUCAUAAGGCCCAACUAUGUGUCCGAUUUAAGGAUGGGCAUGGGUGGAUAGAUGGAUGGCACAAGGUUUGGGUGACACCUCUGCUGCAGGUGCUGUGUACAGCCCGAUUGGAUCAAACCACUUAUAUCCUAGACUACUUCCUGCCCAAACUGCUACGCUGCAACCCCUCCAGCCUUAGCCACAUGGUACAGGCCCUGCAGGAGAUGCCGUCUUGCACUGAGGGGGCUGGUAGCAGAGGUGCGUUGGGGGCUCUAAUGACGUGUCUGCGUGCUGCCCGGUCUCAGGGGGUUCUCAGGACUGAUGAGGAAGAACUGUGGGGUGGCUUGGUGUCCCUCCCACUAAUGCGACAGGCUCUGGUGCACAAACAUGAUCAGGUGCGAAUGGAUGCUCUGGGUUUGCUAUGUGAAAGCCAUCGUAGCACAGAAAAACUUUCCAGACAAGAAAUGGAGCUGAUCCGUCACUUCUUGCCUUUUAAUCUGAACAGUCAGUCACCAGGUGUCAGACAGCAGACCAUCAGUCUGUUAAAGAAGCUCUUGUGUAGGGUGAAGGACAGUGCUCAGCUUCUGCAAAAGAGACAGGAACAGCGUGAGAACGACAGAGAUCAGCAAGUCCUCAACAUGUACCAGGAGUUCCUGCGCUGGUUCUGUGAGACUCUAUUUCAGGUGCUUCAUCCAGGAGCCUCGUUUUCCAGGUGUUUGAUGGCUCUGCACCUGCUGCUGCUGAUCUCUGAACUCUUUACCUUUAGCACAGGCUCUGUUGGCUUUGCUCUUGGAGAGUCAGUAAGUGUAGCUCAUGCCCAAGCUGUGCUGUACUGCCUUGCAAACAACUUUCUUGAAGUCAAACAGCUCGCCUGCAACCUCUUACAAAAACUGCCCCCUGCUGCAGUGCAGCUUCAGGAGCCGGAGAGGCUGCAGUCUUUGCUUCAGGUUGCUCUGAACCUCAGUACCAGCACCAAACCCUUCGACAGCGUCACUGCUGCUCAUCUUCUCAAUCUGCUCCUGCACCAGCCGGGUCUACAAGACGCGUUACUCAGCUGUAUUCAAGCGCAGAACAUCCCUCUCCGGCCACCAGCACUGAACCAGUCCCAGGUGCCUGAGGCGUCCACUCUGGAGCAGAACACCUUGGCAGUGGUGCAGUGGCUGAUGAUUUGUCUAAAGGAAGAGAUUUUGAAGGCAGAGUCGUCUCUUCUGCAAGCUUCUGCUUGCUGUCCUUUAUAUGGCAGAGCUCACUGCAUCACUGCAGUACUCCAACAGCUCAACACUGGAUCACUUGCGCUGCUGUCUCAAUGGAGGGCUGUUGUGUCAGAGCUCAUAGGCCUGUGCUACAAGAUGUCUGAUGUUGUGUCACCUGUGGUUCAGAGCUCUUCCCCCGAGGGCCUCAUUCCCAUGGAUACAGAGUCUGAGACCUCUGCUGACCUACAGAAAAUCCUGCAGGAGAUUCAACCCCGUGACUCAAACGACUUUUUCACCAGUGCCAGAGAGCUGGACCCCAGUGAGACCGGCCAUAACAGUGAGCAGAAAGAGCCAGAGAACGAAGUUCAUAGACAACAAAUCUGUAACACUGGUGGCAGUGAUGGAGAGGCCUAUCGAGUCACCGCUCAGAUGGUGCUGGUGUGUUGCUGGAGGACCAUGAAAGAGGUGUCCAUGUUACUGGGUCAUAUGUGUCAGAGCAUGAGCCUGUAUUGUCCUCUCACACACCCUGACAGCAGAGGAGUCAUCACGGAGGACCAGGUGGAAGGUGUGGGCAAGUACUUUCGGGAGCAGCUGCUGCAGUCUCGUCACAGGGGGGCGUUUGAACUGGCCUAUGUGGGAUUUGUUCGGCUUACUGAGAUGCUCUGCAGGAGUGGGAGUACUACACUCCAGCAGCUGCCAGCACAUUGGCUGAAGGAGGUUCUUGAAGAAGUAAAAUCCAGUGACCCCUCCUCUAAACUGUGUGCUACCCGCCGCAGUGCGGGAGUACCCUUCUAUAUCCAGGCCCUGCUGUCUUCUGAGCCUAAAUCAUCCAGCUGUGGACUCCUGAAGAUGACCAUGACGUCUCUGACGGCAUUGGCCAUGCCAUCUAACGAUGGAGCUACUGAAAGCAGCACUGUGCCACAGGUCCAUGCUCUGAACAUCCUGAGGGCUUUGUAUCGAGAUACACGUCUGGGGGAGAACAUUGUGCCGUUUGUGUCAGAGGGCAUGCAAGCUGCUAUCCUAGGUUUCACUUCUCCUGUGUGGGCCGUGAGGAACUCCUCGACUCUCCUGUUUAGCACUCUGAUUACAAGGAUAUUCGGGGUGAAGAAGGGAAAAGAUGAGCACUCCAAAAAGAACAGGAUGACCGGCCGAGAGUUUUUCACCCGUUUUCCUGCCCUCUAUCCUUUCCUUCUUAGUCAGCUACAGGAAGCUGCAGCCUCUGUGAACAGUGAUUCAGGACAGGUGAAACUGCACCCCAGUCUUUUCUUGUUGUUGUUGGUUUUGGGUCGUCUCUACCCAUCUCCUAUGGAUGGUUCAUCAUCUCCUCUGGGUUUAGCUCCCUUUAUGCCCUUAAUUAUCAGGUGUGGUCGCUCAGCAGUGUACCGCACACGUGAAAUGGCUGCGAGAGCCCUGGUUCCUUUCGUUCUGGUAACUCAAGUUCCCUCCACUAUCCAAACUCUACUGGAAGAGCUGCCUGAAGAACCUGGACCAGGAAUCCAACAAAACCACAUACAUGGAACAUUGCUUCAGGUGCUGUCGUUGUUACGAUCCUACCUGACGGACACGCACAGACCCCAGUCAGAAAAUGCACAGGACUGUGACCUUGCCAGUGCCAUUUUUUCACGGCUGUGGCUCGGCACAAGGCGUAAUCUGUGUCUGGUAACACGUGGUGCGUUUCUAGACCUGCUGGGCUGUCUUUGUGGAUGUAUUCCAGUUCCUGUGUCAGAGUCUCCGCUGAAGAAACUACGUGAGGAAACUCUGCAUAUCCUUAUGGCCUCAGAACUUGUGGCCCCUCAGGGACCUGACGACAUAGACCUCUCAGUGCCUGGAGCCGCACAGUACCUGCAGAGUCUGGCUCACAUAGCUAUCAGUGUCUGUGUGGAAUCACCUCACCUCUGGGAAUGUCCUGAGGCUGACGGGUUUCAGAGAGACCUCCUGGAACGGCUGCUACAGUGCCCACACUAUGAGGUUCGGCUGUUUGCCCUGGAACAGUUCCUCAAGAGACUUCAGAGGACCGAGGACAAGUCUCAGCAUUGUGAUCAGGGACCUUUGCCCUUUGAACUCAGUGUGUCCAGCCUAACCUCUUUGGCCCUUCAUGAGACAUACCCGGCGUGUCAAGCUAAGGUUUUGCAAGUUCUUGCUGUCCUCCCACUUUCUUCCCUGCUGCCCUGGAGAGAUGGGAUGAUGUCUUUGAGCUGUCAGGAGGUUCUAGAGCAUCUGCUGACACUGCUUGAGACCUCUACAUGCAGUGUGGAGCUCUACUGUGCCACUCUCUCCCUAACGUCUCGGCUGGUGGUGCACCUGGCUCAAUCAACGCCGCAGCAGGAGCUCAGUGAGGCUGCAGUGGUCUGUCUGAGCAGAUGGGGGGCGCUGGUCCUGCAGAGCUGUGGUGAAGAGCAACCUGCAGAAGUCAAACUCAUGUCAGCUGAGGUGCUGGUGAAGGCUGUCCCCACCUUACUGACGGCGCCAGCUUUGCCUCUGGGUAUCACACUCACUGUGGCGCUGUGGAAGUGUCUGUUUACAUUAUUACAGGACGAAGAUCAGGACGUCAGGGACAGGGCGGCUGACUUCACCUGCUACAUACCAACCCAUUUGCACAACACAGGUGUUGCCACGGGUGCCGUCUCUCCUCCGGUUGCCCUGGAGAUGGGGCUGGGUCUUUUGUGCCUGCUCUUCCAGAUGUGGGACCAUGUUGCUGCUGGUGUGGUGAACUUGAUAGAAUGGCUCCUGGGAGAUGAACAAUUGGAUGCAAAUUGCGCUGAAUCACCAGAUUUGGAUGAAGAGUUCCUCUUUGAGAAGGGAGAUCUUAACCUGUGGGCAGAGCCUUUGUUGUGGGCACGGAUGUUGCACGGACACCUCUCUGCGCUCUUAAAAGUGGCAUAUUCACCUGGCGUAAGAGCCACCGAGCUGGACCGACUGUCAGCUAUUGCAAACAGCAAUUUCCUCACUGCUCAGAGUUCAAUGAAAGCCCUCCCUGUGCUGUUCCAGUUUUCAGCCACCAUUGUGUAUGGCAAGACAACAUUGCUGAAAGAGAGAACAUCACUCGCUCAGAGUCUUCUGGAAACACUUUUUGGAUGACUGUGAAAUAUACAUAACACAGGGGUUGUUGUUGAUUAAAUCUAUUUUAAUCUCUCAGUGGUUUCCUGGUUUGCAUGCAGGCAUGAACACUAUUUUUUAUGCUUAUUUGAUGUGGUUUUAAUUUUUGUACAAUGUGUUCGUGAUGCUGACAAUCUGAGAGGUUUUACUUUCCUCAGCUUUCUUUUCAAUGUCACAUUUUCACACAUUGUGGUAUUUGAGCAAACUGUUGAAUUUACUGCACAGCUUCACUUUUUUUAGUAAAAUGAAUUGUGCAUAUUAUGCAACUAGAUAAAUGUACGUGUGAGGAACAGUCUGGUGUCUGUUUAAGUAGACAGCUGGGCUGCCUUUAGGGACCUGUAGUUGCACCGGUCCCUUUUGAACUGUAAAACAAUGUAAUAUUUAGGAAUGUCAGCAGCCUAUUCCUCCCACACAUGGGGUGGGUAAAACCACGUAUUUACCAUUCCCCUCAGCAGGAUCAGGAGGGUUUUUCAUAGACGUGCUUUCCUAAAACUGUGACAAUGGAAUUGAAAUGCUGUAUGGUACUGCAGAGAUGUGCAAUGGGAACUGGUGGAGGAAAAGAACAUCAUGCACUGUGAAGUGAAUUAUAUUUUUUACUUUUAUAUUUGUGCCUGUAGGUGGCGCCCAAACCUUUCUUAACAAUGAUAAACAUUGAGCCCGUUAGGGGGCAGUAUUGUACUUUUUAUUAACUUGUAGUUUCUUGGAGGGAUUUGAUUUUCAAUGUUACGAAGCAGCUUGGUAAAAUAUUCUUAUUAUGUGCAUUUUCUGUUUUAAUAAAGGACACAACGCAAAAGCAAUGUAUAAAUAA